AUGGGCGAGGGUCAACCUCGCAAACGAUUGAGGUUUGCAGAUGAUAAUGAUGUUGCUCCAGCGCUCCGACACUUUCGCAGGUAUUCAGAUAACCCUGUAAUCCCCGAGACGUCGCUAAAGUCGCCUCCUGAGUCCAGCGGACCAGCUGGCGUAGCGCUUACCUCGCCCUCGCCCAAGAGCAGCGAGGCUAGCGUCGGCGUCACUCACCCGCAUUCCACGGCGUCCCUUUCUUACGAAGAGCAUAGCAUCGCUGCCACCAACCGUUCAGUCGGAGAGCAGACUAUACCGGCUGAAAAAAGCAAGCAAGUGCCUUCAAGCUCAAGUGCUGGCAAUCUUGCUGAGCCCAGGGCUCUUGCUUCUCCACGACUGGCCCCGCCCGAAAGCGGAGGUACGCGGCCAAUUCGCAGAGAAAGCAUGACAAGCAACCAACAUGCGACACCUAAGGCUGACGGAGGAAAGACGACAAUCGGAGUCAAGCUUGCUCCAACACCAAGUCUAGGUGCGUCUCAGCCAAGCUCAAGCGCCUCCGUGCCUCCACGGAGCUUGGGCGAGCAAAGCAAGGCUUCGAUCAAGGCGCCACCCCGCCUCGAUCUGAAUCGGACAAAAGGCCAAUGUAGCCUCGGCAUCAGUCUAA